ACAGUUAACUUCUUGUAGGUUACUAUUACAAUCCAUAGAUUUGCGUUAAUAUAUUUGCUAAUAAUUUGUUUGUUUUAAUAGAUAUAACCAAAUGUCUGACGUUCUACACCGACCGGGCUUCCUUACGCGACUUCGUAAAGGGGCUCGAAACUUUUUCUCCAGAUUAUUACCCUGCGUACGACGACCAACACUUGCAGACACUUUUGAAGAUGUCUCAGAUUUUACUUCAUCGUUAUCAUCGCUAUCAGACCUUUCCCCCAUGACACCAACAGAAGAUUUCCCUAGAAAUCUCAAUGAAUCUGCUAUAGCUCAUAGAGAGGAUUUCACCCAUUGUGACUUUGACCAAUAUGAACGGACUUCCUUUGAAGAUUCAUCAUCCACAUACACCGAUCCUUGGGCUGACCUGGUUGACGAACCAUCAUAUUUUGGUAAGUUUCAAAUUAAUGUAGUUUCUAGUGUUCACUGAAUAGUAAAACGUGUUACGACUGAUUCUCACAUAUGUGACAGUCUACCUACCCACCUACCUAUCCACCUACCUACCUACCUACCUACUUACCUACCAACCUACCCACUCACCUACCUACCUACCUACCUACCU